AGUAAUUCAUAUAAUUGUUGUAAUCUACGACUUCAGAUCAUGACAACACUAGCGGACCGAUAUCAUAUGACCAAAUUACUGGGUGAUGGAACUUUUGGUGAAGUUCUUCUCGCUAAAAAAAUCGAUACUGGUGAUAAAGUUGCUAUAAAAAGAAUGAAGAAAAAGUUCAAGACGUGGGAGGAAGCGACAGCCCUCCGAGAAGUGAAGGCGCUGAAGAAACUUCCUCAUCCGAAUAUCAUCAAGUUAAGAGAGGUAAUACGAGAAAACGACGUUCUUUAUUUCGUGUUCGAAUAUAUGCAAGAAAAUUUGUACGAGUUGAUGAAAGACAGGGACCGAUAUUUCCCAGAAAGUGUGAUACGCAAUAUUAUAUAUCAAAUAUUACAGGGACUCGCAUUUAUGCAUAGAAACGGGUAUUUUCAUAGAGACAUGAAACCAGAGAAUAUUAUGUGCAAUGGCACUGAACUGGUAAAAAUUGCCGAUUUUGGAUUGGCUAGAGAAGUUCGAUCGAAACCGCCCUACACGGACUACGUCUCUACGAGAUGGUACCGUGCUCCAGAAAUCCUUCUACGAUCCACUUCCUACAAUUCACCCAUAGACAUAUGGGCCCUUGGCUGUAUAAUGGCAGAACUGUACAUGCUUCGACCAUUAUUUCCCGGCACUAGUGAGCUCGAUCAACUAUUCAAAAUCGUCACCAUUAUGGGAACACCCAGUAAGGAGGACUGGCCUGAAGGAUAUCAACUGGCGACGGCUAUGAAUUUCCGCUUCCCUCAAGCUCCACCGACACCACUGGAGACGAUUAUAAACACAGCGGGGAAGGAUGGGAUGAAACUGAUGACGGAUAUGAUGAUGUGGAAUCCAGAGAAAAGGCCAAACGCUGCACAGUGCCUCAAAUACAAGUACUUCCAAGUGAAUGAGAAACUGGGAGCUCCUGUUAUGAGUCAGCCAGCGCCAGGAAGUGUUAGAAAGACGAGUGCCGGCAGCACCCAGAGCGACACCAAAGCUGUCAUUACCAAGCAGAAGGUUGUCGCUAAGGAAUAUCCAGGCUCCGAAAACGUUUCUCCACAAGGAAAACCCAUUGAGCGUCAUAUGAAUCGCAAUAUUCCACUCAAUAAAUCAAACUUGUUCGAUAAACUGGAUGAAAGCACAACAAAACUCGAAAAGGUGGAUGCAUCAAAGAACAAAUCAAGUGAGAAGAAGCCAGCUAGGGAGGUCUACUUGUCCAAAUCGAAAUUUAUCCCAGGUGAGAUCAUUUAA